AUGGAGUCUCUGAGUCGGGAAGAUGUCGAGAGGUACGUCCAGGGGCAGGCCAUGCAGGAGCGCUCACGCAACGGUGCUUGGCGUGGGGCAGCAAUGCAAUCUCUCACGCCCUCAAUGCAGGCUCAUGUUCUUCGAUCAGACUCGCGAGGCUGCGGAGCGGGAGCACAAGGCGAACCCCAAGGACGCCCUGGUCUUGACCAAGUGGGGCGGUGCCCUGCUCGAGCUGGCGCACUUCCGCCAGGGCUCCGACGCCUACUCCAUGAUCGAGGAGGCGAUCGAGAAGUUUCAAAAGGCCCUGGGCCUCGACGCCGGGCGGCACGACGCCCUGUGGUGCCUGGGGAACGCCUACACCAGCCAGGGCUUCCUCUCGCCCGAUGCGGCGGCGGCCAACGCCUUCUUCGCCCAGGCCAACGAAUCGUUCCGCAAGGCCGUGGACGCGCAGCCCGCCAACGAGUCCUACAAACGGGCCCUGGAGAUGACCGCCAAGGCACCCGCGCUCUACCUGGAGCUCCAGCGACAGCUGGCGGCCGCGGGGCACAGCACGGGGGGCGAGAGCGCCAGCACAUCUGCCGGGCCCGGGACCGCGCAGAAGCAGGUAGGCGGCAUCAGCGACUUCUGGUACGACGUCGCCGGCUGGGUGACCCUGGUCGCCCUAGGGUUCGGCAUCGCCACGCUCUCUCGCGGCCCCACGGCCCUGCCCCCCGCCCCGGCGCGCUAGGAGGCCACCCUUCCCCGGCCCAUCGGAGGGCUACCUGGGUGUGA